AUGAUAGAAGUUGGAGAAAUACGCCUAGCCAAAUUAGAAAUCAAUCACCUACGAGCCAUCCAAGAAUCUUCUGUGGAUUCUGCGCAAAAUUUCCCUUCAACUGGUGGCUCGGAAAGUGAUAUUGAUUCAGUUCGUUACAGUCGGGGAGAUCCGCGUGGACGAAACCGCAGUGAUGGCGGUAAUGGUAGUGACAAUCAACGUUACAAUCAAGGUCGUAGUGGUGGAGAUGAGCGAGAAAGAGCUUACGAGACAGCCCUCAUUGAGGAAAGAAGAGAGGUUGGUGGCGGUCAUGAACCAUGGCUUUUGGAACCAGAAAGACGUGCACGUGAUUUUGUCAGACGUGAAUGUCCCAAUGAUGAACCAGAACCAUCGUCGCAUGCCACUGAUGCUGAAGAGGUCCAAAAUGAGGUUUCCGAAAAUCCUGAAUCCGGCCGAGAUGCCUGGUGGGAAGGGGACAAAUGUGAUGUACCGGAAGUACUCGAAAAAUUAGCAACUGGUAGUAGACCAUGGGACUGGCGUAAGCGAGAUGAGCCAUCUGGGCCACCUAGCUACUUACGGGAUCCACCUGGCUUCAUUAUACAUCACAUUUUACAUGGUGAACGUGCGCCAGGAAUUCACGGCUUCAGAGCCCAUCCAUUAGCUCUAUUGAAUUUGCCACCACCCGGAGGUGGUGGCUUCCAUGAAGGUUCUCUUCGAUUCCUCAAUAAACGCAUGACCUACACUAUUCCAAAUAUGUUGAAGAAACAACAGGCUCACCUGGCUUCUGCCAACACGACAAUGGCAGCGGAGAAAGCUGCUGCUCAAAGUGCUGCUAGAGCUGGGGAGAUAGUUGAAAAGGCAGAAGAAAGGCAACAACAAGAGGAUGCUACAACAACAACAGAGGUGGUAUAUCAUCAUCAACAACCACCAUCCCAUCGGUCAAGUACACAACAACAAAUGCAAAACACCGAAAUCAUUGAGGUGCAGCAACAUCACCAAUCGGUUCCGUCCCGCGGAAUCCAAGCCCUCAAUAUUGGCGAAAACGUAACAAUGAAAUGUUACUCAAGUAAUAAGAACGUAUCGUGGAAAUUUAAGAAUCAAACGAUUGAUAUGGAUAACAAAAGAUAUAUCAAUGGCAUUUUCAAAACAAAUAGCACGAACGAGAUAUCAGAAUUGCAAGAGGUUUAUGAAAUUUCCUUAACAAUAUCCGAUAUUCAUAUAAGCGAUGAAGGCAUUUACACCUGCGAGUCGGCAGAUACGGGUGUACUCACCAAAAUAUUUUUGCAACCCUAUAUAAGUUCAAAAAUAGUAAACACGAAUGGUUUGAAAGUAAAGCAAAAAAUUGGAAACCCUGUAAAAUUGUAUUGUGAAAUAGAAAUUUACCCUCAAAAUGAAACAUUAAAAAAACAAUUAAAAUGGUUAAAGGAUGAAAAUGCAUUUAGCUUCCUUGAUCAAUCUUCCAAUGUCGACCAUAUCAAUCAAACCUAUGUAAAUUUUACAUUGGAAUUAACGGAAGUCUAUAAAAAAGAAAAUGGAUCUUACGCAUGUGUCAUAUAUGCCUUAAAUGGCGAGGAAGUAGCUAGACACAAUAUUGCUUUGUUAGUUAUGGAUGUACCGAAAGUUAGUAUAGACUAUGUAAAAGCGGUCGGCGCCAGUAAAAUUUACUUAAAUUGGACUGUAAAUGAUGGAAAUGAUCCAGUACAAAAGUAUUUUGUUCAGUAUUUGCAAGAGGGUAACCCAGAUUUGGCAUACUAUAAAGACGUUAUUGGAGGAGGAAACAGCUCGUACGUUUUGGAAAAUUUUUUACCAAACACUAGUUAUGUAUUAAGAAUGUCGGCAAAAAAUAGCAUUGGUAGUGGGACACCAUUUCAAUAUCCAUUGCCUGUUCGAACAUUGGAAAAGGACCCAAUUUUCAUACCAAAAGUAAAAACUACAGGAAGUACUGCAUCAACAAUAACAAUAGGAUGGGACCCUCCUCCAGUCAAUUUGAUUCCGUAUGUUCAGUAUUACGAACUAGUUGUGUCCGAGACGGGAGAUACCCCUAAAAUUAUUGAAGAAGCAGUAUAUCAACAAAAUUCUAGAAAUCUGCCAUAUAUGUUUGAUAAUUUAAAAACAGCUACUGAAUAUGAAUUUAAAGUGCGAGCAUGUAGUGACUUAACAAAGAUGUGUGGUCCAUGGUCAGAUGUUGUUAAUGGAACAACGAUGGAUGGGGUUUCAUCGCAGCCUUUAGAUCUCACAGUGAGGUGCAUUCAUAACAAUAUAUCAAAACUAAAUACUGUUGAUAUUGCUUGGAGGUAUCCAGAAAAACCAAAUGGUAAAGUUAUAUCAUAUCAAAUUUAUUUGGAAGGGAUCUCCGAAUAUAAGCUUAAUGGGAAAAUGCAACGGGAAACAUGGGGUCCUAAAAUUAGACGCAUCGAUGAGCCUCACCACCACACCAGUUACGAUAGCGUAGUCCCAAACACGAAUUAUACUGUCACAAUAUCUGCUAUUACCCGUCACCGAAAAAUUGGAGAAGCUGCUGAAGGAAAAUGUACCAUGCCAGUGUCAGUUCCCGACGUAAUUAGUCGAGUUAUUUGGACUAAGGUUCGAGUAAAUGAUAAAAAAUGUGUAUUCAAAACAAUAAUUCCUCGUGUAAGCGAAAGAAAUGGCCCAAUAUGCUGUUAUCGUUUGUAUUUAAUCAGAAUGAAAUACAAUAAUGUGGAAUUACCUCCUCCAGACAAACUUAACAUAUCAACAUACCAACAAGUUCACGCAGCAAACAACUCUUUGGGCGGCGCGUACUUGGCAGAAAUGUUUUCCGGUGACAACUUUAAGACAGAAAUAUUUCUUGGCGACGGAAAAAGAUACUUCGAAAACUCUGGACACAGUGGUAAUGAUAUGGACAUAAACUGCUUAAAAUGUCUGGAAGGCGAAAAGUUUAUAUUAAGGAGACCUACAACCACUGCAGAAAAAGAGGCUACAAACGUGUACAGUGACGUGGAUCAUACCCAUCACCUUGAGCUUAGCAAAGCCAGCAAUUUCACUGAAACCGCAUCAAAAAUUUUGGGAACCAAAAGAAGACGGAGAAGAAAUUCUAAUAUUGUAAUGAAUCGUAAUGAUAGCCCACAGUCAGUUAAUCAAGCCACAGAAUCCACGGAGCCGGAAGAUGUGUAUACUAUAUACGAUGGAGAACUUGAUAUGAAUAGUGAUUACACUGGUUUUUUGGAAGUUAUAGUUCGGAACAACACCUCAGUUUUAAAAGCAUAUAGCAGUUACUUCGAAAUUAUAACACCCAGUUUGACCGCUGAACAAAUGUAUACAGAAGAUGGCAUAACAUUAGUAUAUUUAAUAAUAAUGCCUUUUGGGAUUAUAAUUGGAAUCGGUCUUUUAAUACUGUUGAUAUUUUGUUUGGUUUAUUAUCGAUUUACGGAGAAAAAUUCUGGUGGAGGAGAAGAAGUUAUAAGCUUGAGAGAUUCUUUAAGCCGUGUUCUUUUUGGUGGUCGGUCUGGCAACCACCGACAUUUCAUUGGAAAUAGUAAUGGCAAAAUAACGGAUGUUGGCCCUAUUCAUAAAUCGGAUUUGUAUGUAGCUUACAAAAAUCGUCAUAAAGAUACAGAUUACGGAUUCUUGCGAGAAUAUGAAAUGUUACCAAAUCGAUUUAGCGACCGCACAACUAAGAAUUCAGAUAUGAAAGAAAAUACACCAAAGAAUCGAUAUCCUGAUAUAAAAGCUUAUGACCAAACAAGAGUCAAGCUUUCACAAAUUAAUGGAAUCCAAGGAUCCGAUUAUAUAAAUGCAAACUUUGUAAUAGGAUACAAAGAACGAAAAAAAUUUAUAUGUGCACAAGGACCAAUGGAAUCAACAGUAAAUGAUUUUUGGAGAAUGAUAUGGGAACAACAUCUAGAGAUAAUAGUUAUGCUGACAAAUCUAGAAGAAUACAAUAAGACUAAAUGUGCUAAAUAUUGGCCAGAAAAAAUAAUGGAUUUAAAGCAAUAUGGUGAAAUAACUGUUAAGUUUGUGUCGGAGAAGAAACAGGGAGAUUAUUUGAUCCGUACACUAGACACAUUCAAGAGAAACACUUUAACCGAAGAGGAAGAAGAAAGUCGACAAAUUACCCAAUACCAUUAUUUAGUUUGGAAAGACUUCAUGGCCCCCGAGCAUCCACAUGCUUUAAUAAAAUUCAUCCGUCACAUCAAUGCCGUUUAUUCAGUACAACGGGGUCCAAUAUUAGUACAUUGCAGCGCAGGAGUUGGUCGAACAGGAACGCUGGUUGCGUUGGAUUCUUUAUUACAGCAAUUAGAAGAAGAAGACCAAGUAUCAAUAUUUAAUACGGUUUGCGAUUUACGCCAUCAAAGAAAUUUUCUUGUUCAAUCAUUGAAACAAUACAUAUUUCUGUAUAGAGCAUUGCUAGACACAGCGCAUUUAGGAAAUACAGAAAUAAAUGCCAUUGGACUAUCAGCUGCUGUGGAGAAUCUGAAAUCCAAAUUGGAUGACGGAAGGGAAAAGUGUAAAUUGGAAAUGGAAUUUGAGAAACUUCAAACUAUUAAUGAUGAAACUAACAAAACUUCUUCUAUCGGUGGAAGUGAAAAUAAUAUGUCUAAAAAUAGAAGCGAACUUGUUAUACCAUAUGACCGAAACAGGGUAAUACUUUCUCCUUUGCCACACAAAGAAAAUUCAACAUAUAUUAAUGCAUCGUUCAUUGAAGGAUAUGAUAAUUCUGAAAACUUUAUAAUAACACAAGAUCCAAUGGAGAACACAAUUGAAGAUUUUUGGAGAAUGGUUUUGGAGCAAAGUAUAACCACUAUUGUCAUGCUUUCGGAG